UUGGUUUGCUGUGAGGGGCUAUGGGUUUUACUUUGUAGCAGAAAAUUCGAUUUUUACUUGAGGAAGGUUCUGGCCGUGAGGGCUUGUUGGCGUAAGCGGGGAAAUUUUGUGGAGGAAAGAGAGAAUUUAUAGGUGAAGAUUCCGGCGUGUAAGUCGGUUACAAGUUAGAAAACUAUCAGGCUAAGAAAUUACCCUAGAGAAGAUGGCGGCGUGAAGGAAGGAGAAGAAUAGGGUUGGAAAUGAGCUCUGAGGCAUUGCAGGCUGCAAAGGUGUAUCGGCAACUUCUCAAGGCUGUAAAGAAGCACAUUGCACAGGAAGACAGCAAGAGGCACUUCAAGGAAUAUGUAACUGAGGAGUUCCGCAAGAAUUGUGCACUAUCGGACUUCUUGUCUAUUCGGCAGAAAAUCAAGCUUGCCAAUGACUACACCUUUCUUCUUAAUAGUGUCCACCAUCACAAGGACCUACUGUUCUCAUACAACAUUGCUGUGGAUAGAUCGGAUGAAAUGAAGAGAAUACUUGGAAAAUCUGCUGCAAGCGUGGGUCUUCAGCUUCCAGAGGUUUAUCAGCCUUGAUUCAUGGUUGUUUUCCAUGCCAUUCAUUUCCUGAACAUAAUUGCCCUUUGUACUGUGAUUUUUUUGGUUGUAGCAGGUUGCAACCAAGUCAAACCUAAGGUUGUAUACCCUCUUUUCUCAUCUUGAGACAAACUAGCUUAGCUUUUUCGCUUAAGCUGGAUGCUGGAAUAAUGGUAUUUACUGCCAUAUAUAAACUCUUAUAUUAUUGGAAAAUAGGGAUAGAGGUAAUCUGAAACCCACUUUUCCUGAGAUCAUCAUUUAAAUUAUUUUGGUUA